AAUUUACGUUUCUGGUAGGGAAUUUCACUUUUAUAUGGAUGGAAGUUGAAGAAGAGACAGCUAUUUGUGAGUAUUGCGAUAAAUCUGGCAUCCGAGAGGAUUUCUAUUCAAAUAGCAAGCGUUUCUGUAGUGCUGCUUGCUCUCACAGUUUUUCUGCGCAACAUCGUUUUAACAAGCACCAAACUGCGCCUAAACUUAAUCCCAAAAAGACACGGAAUUUGCAACUUCCCUCCGAAUCAGAAAGACAACAGUGCAUCAGCAUGGGGUUCGAUUGGGGGGCAUAUUUGGUGAAUAAAAAAUCCUCUGCUGCCACGGUAGAACUUUUUCAACAUUCUCCUAUGUCAGCACAUUGGGGCGAAAUCGGCUCUGGGAUGAAAGUCGAAGUUCUAAAUCUAGAUUGUAAUUUGAAUACUAAAGUAUUUUGGAUUGCGUCUGUCGUCCAAGUAGCCGGUUACAAAGCUAAAUUACGAUAUGAAGGCUUUGGUGAAGAUGCUUGCUGCGAUUUUUGGUGCAAUUUAUGCACUUUAGAUGUUCAUGCUGUUGGUUGGUGUGCUACAAUAGGAAAACCUCUUGUUCCUCCCCAAACAAUUCAACAUAAAUACACAAAUUGGAAAACGUUUUUGGUUCGGAGAUUAACAGGCGCUAAAACGUUGCCGAAUGAUUUUCAGCGUCGUGUUAUUGAAAGUGUGAAGUCUCAGUUUCUUACAAAUAUGAGGUUAGAGGUCGUGGACAAAACUAAAAUUUCACGAAUGCGAAUUGGAAUCAUAGAAGAAAUAGUUGGUGGGCGCUUACGACUACGUUACGAGGACUCAGACUAUGUAAAUGAUGAUUUUUGGUGUCAUUCGCAAUCUGCGUUGAUUCACCCCAUCGGGUGGUGUGAGAGAGUCGGCCAUAAGAUUCUUGUCGCUAGCAAAGACUACAAAAACAAAAAGGGAUUUAAAAAUGCAAAACAAGAGCUUUUUCCUGCAGUAAAACAAGUUAAAAGUUGCGGUUUCAAACCGGGAAUGAAAAUAGAAGCAAUCGACCCAUUAAAUUUAAGUGCGAUUUGUGCUGCAACUGUCAAAAAAGUUCUUAAAAACGGGUAUUUAAUGAUCGGAAUAGAUGGCUCGGAAGCAGCUGAUGGCUCUGACUGGUUUUGCUAUCAUUGUACGGCCCCCUCUAUAUUCCCAGUCGGAUUUUGCAUUGAGAAUGGAAUUUCAUUAAGCGUACCGAACGCUUAUAAAGAUUCCUUCACUUGGGAGACUUAUUUGAAUGAAACGUCGAGCUCGGCGGCGCCGGUUGAAUUAUUCGACAGAGAUUUACCAGAUCACGGGUUCAAACGAGGAAUGAAGUUAGAAGCUGUUGAUUUAAUGGAGCCGAGGUUAAUAUGCGUUGCCACGGUAACACGAAUCGUUGGCCGUCUUUUACAUGUACAUUUUGACGGCUGGGAAAAUCAAUAUGACCAGUGGGUCGAUUGUAACUCACCUGAUAUUUACCCUGUAGGGUGGUGUGAGUUGGUGGGUUGUGAACUCCAAGCACCCCCUAAUAUGCUCGUUCCCGAAUCGGGGGCCGCUAAAAAGAAGAAAAAGCUUACCGGACAAACAUUUGGAAUUAAAAAGAAACGUAAAAAGUCCGCAGCAGCACAAAAAAAGCCUUCUAUUGUCACUGAAGCGGAACAAAAAUCUGAACAAAUUAUAGAAGAGGCCAAAACGGAAAAAAUGGAAACUGAACCAACGGAGGGAAUCACGACACCAGCAGAUAGUGAAAAAGAUGUCAAAGAUGAUGAGAAAAUAUCGGGAAAACCAGAAAAUAUUCCUGAAGAGGCUGAAAUUAUCCUGGAAACACAAGAAUCGCCGCAAAGGGAAGUAAUGGAAUCAGUUCAUGUAAAUAAUGAAUCGAAAGAGGAAAUCGGAGAAAAAGAGGAACAAUCAUCUUCUAAUGUGGAGGAAAAAGAUUCCAAUGAAACACCAAAGGAUGAAAAUAUGACAGAAAAUGAUGAAAAUUUAAAAGAAAUAAAUGCAAAUGCCAAGGAAGGUGAUGAAAGUUCUGAAGAAAAUCAUGAAAACCAUAAAAAAUUGGAGGAAACUGAGACCAAAGCGAUUGAAAUUGAACAGCAAGAUGGGAAGACUGAAGAAGAUGACACAGAAAAUAAAGAAAUAAUGGAAGAAGUGCCUGAAACACAAGAGGAAAAGCCGCAGAAUAGUGAAGAAACUGGGAAUGUGGAUAAUAUAAUGAACGAAAAAGCGAAUGAAAAUCCAGCGGAAGAAACACAGCAAGAAGAGGAAAAGCAAUGA